CUGAGCGGACGCUGCUAACGCGCGCGGCUUAAAGUUACUGCUUUUUCAAAGUUUAUUUACACGUUUUUUCCUUUUGGUUGAUUUAACGCGACAACUCGGCGACAGUUUCUUCAGCUGACCUUGAAGCGGGACUGCUAAGAAGAACGGGAAGGAUGAAGUACAUUAUUGGAAUUGGCGGAGUCACAAAUGGUGGGAAAACCACUCUGACAAAUAAAUUGAUCAAGACUCUGCCCAACUGCUGCGUUGUGCACCAAGAUGACUUUUUCAAGAAACCUGAUCAUAUAGAAGUUGGGGAGGACGGCUUUAAACAGUGGGAUGUGAUCACAGCACUGGAUAUGGAGGCCAUGACCAACACCAUAGAAGGCUGGAUCGAGAACCCAGUGAAGUUUGCAAGAUCCCAUGGAGUCACGUUGUCUUCUUGUUCAGAUGUGACCAACCCCGAUGACCAGAUCCACAUCCUGAUUGUGGAAGGCUUCCUGCUCUACAACUAUCGGCCUCUCCUGCAAGUGUUUGACAAGUGCUAUUACAUCGAGAUUCCUUACGAGGAGUGCAAGAGAAGGAGAAGUACAAGGCAGUACGCUGUCCCUGACCCUCCUGGCCUGUUUGAUGGCCACGUGUGGCCCAUGUACCUCAAGCAUAGAAGAGAGAUGGAGGACUCUGGCUUGAAUAUUGAUUGCCUGGAUGGAUUGAAAUCCAAAGAUGAGAUCUACAACCAGGUGUAUGAGGACAUCCAGAACAACCUGCUCAAUCGUUUAUAGCAGGAGGACGUCUCUGCACACCUGUACAGAUUUUGUAAAUACUUUCAAUGAAUUUUUUUCUCUGAACUUUUUUUUGUAUUACUAUUUCUUUGUAAAUAGAUAGCAGCAAUGUUAAUUUAUCUUCUCAUUAAAAAAAAUUUUUUUUAAGCAGUUUUGAUUUGUUAUCCCUGUGUUACUUUUAAACCUCUGGAUUGUUUUGGACUGGAAGUCUGCUCAUCACCUUCUGUUGAAAAUAAAUUAUUUUUGUGCAGAAAAAAAUGCAC